AUGGACAGGGGAUGGAAACCUAAUGUUGAGGUGUCGCCAGCCUGUCCUCGUUGCGGUUCUUCAAACACCAAAUUUUGUUACUACAACAAUUACAGCUUGACACAACCUAGGUACUUGUGCAAAGGUUGUAGAAGGUACUGGACUAAAGGUGGGUCCCUCCGGAAUGUUCCAGUCGGCGGUGGUUGCCGGAAGAGAAGACGAGGUAAGUCCAUACGCACGUCGUCUACAGUUGGUGUCUCCACUAGGAGUUCAGGCAAUAACGGAGCAAUGCUCGAAUCAAAUAGCUCAUAUCCUGGACCUGGUGUCUCAACCAAUAUUGAUCUUGCAGCAGUUUAUGCUAAUUUCCUUAAUCAGAAGCAACAACCAGAGCCUCGGGUAGAAGUCCCCAAGUUGUUAUAUGAUGGUAUUCCAUCUUUCUAUUACAUGGCAGCUGGUUUAGAUCAAGAGAGUGGAUGUGGGAUUCUUUCUGAUAAGUCAUUAGAGAUUCAUGCAGGCAUUGAAAAUGCAAGAUAUUUUUGUGGGCUUGACGCAUUUAAUCAGAAGCAUCAGUAUACAACUGAUCAUCAGUUAAUUACAAGUAUGAACGGCUUGAUGAACAAUUCUCCUUUGCCACCAUUGCCUAGUGAAGAUGUAGCAACUUCUGAAGGGAUGGUGGGGUCCAGCUUUGACUUAAUGUUGCCAAAUCACAUAUUUCGGUCAACAGAACGUACGGCAGGGAUCGAACAAGAUUCGGAACAGUUGAAUGGACAUGGGAACCCAUUCAGCAUGCUGAAUCUUGAAGCCAUUUUCAGACCUAAGUCUUGA